AUGCUUCUUAAGAGGGAGGUGGCAGCAAUGGAGGGAGCAGAUAAAGCGCAGAUUGCUCUCAAAGGCUUGGGCAACCCUUCUUCGGACACUUAUGGAGAUGUCAACACGCUCCAUAAGCUUCGAAGCGUCGGGGUGUUGGACGUCAAGGACGUCUCCUUCCGUGUAGCGAGCUUCCUCAAUUCCCCAUCCGUCCCAGAUGCUGCGAGCGUCCUAAGCUUUUGA